UCCCAGGAGCCUGCCCGGAUCAUUUGUUGGCAGUACAUAUUGGCUGAAGUCAGUUUUCAUUUCAAGGAGGUCACUUAUGAAAACCUUUCAGGGUUUUGGCCUGGCCCAGAGGGCUAAGAAUAGAGGCAUGCUAACCAUGCUUGUUCCCAUGUCCUCUGUCCCUCAUCAGAUGUGUUCUUCCAGCGGGCUUUUGGUGUAGGAUGUCGGAGGCCCAAGAACAGGAGGAGGUGAUCACAGUACGGGUUCAGGACCCCCGGGUGCAGAAUGAGGGCUCCUGGAAUUCCUACGUGGAUUAUAAGAUCUUCCUUCAUACCAACAGCAAGGCCUUUACUGCCAAGACUUCAUGCGUGCGGCGUCGCUACCGUGAGUUCGUGUGGCUGAGAAAGCAGCUGCAGAAGAACGCUGGCUUGGUGCCUGUGCCUGAACUUCCUGGGAAGUCAACCUUCUUCGGCAGCUCCGAUGAGUUCAUUGAGAAACGACGACAAGGUCUUCAGCACUUCCUUGAAAAGGUCCUGCAGAGCGUGGUCCUCCUGUCGGACAGUCAGUUGCACCUCUUCCUGCAAAGCCAGCUCUCAGUGCCCGAGAUAGAAGCCUGUGUCCAAGGCCGCAGCCCCGUGACUGUUUCGGACGCCAUUCUGCGCUAUGCGAUGUCCAACUGUGGCUGGGCCCAAGAAGAGCGGCAGAGCUCUUCUCCCCUGGCAACAGGAGACCAGCCCAAGAGCUGCUGCUUUCUGACGAGAUCCAGCAGGAGGAGGAGCUCUCCCUCGCCUCCUCCCAGUGAGGAAAAGGACCACGGGGGAGUGUGGACUCCCGGUGUGGACUCCGAGGUCCCUUCCUUGGAAUGUCCCAGCAUCCCCGCCCUGUCCGCAUCGCCACACUGUGAUUCUGCAAGAGCUGCCGACGGGAGCACCAUUCCUGCAGGAGGGGACCACGCUGUGCCUUUGGACCCUGGUCAGUUAGAAGCGCUUUGGGAAAAGUGAGCUACAAGCGCUGGCCUGGGGCCUGUUUUAGGUGCAGAAGAUGCAGGCCAGGGGACUUGUUUGGUGGUGUCAGGCACGGGGCAGGUAGGGGAGGAGGUGCCUAGUGGCUCGCAGCCACUUCUGCACAGGCUGGAUGCACAGGGGUGGGGUGUGACUGCUCCCUGCACCUCUCCCAAAGGAAUGACACCGUGCAGAUGUUUGCAAGUGAAGCACAAGGUCCAGAGGCUGUUGGUUUUCAACAGCGCCCACACUGACCUCCUGGGGUUUGUUUAUAUGCCCACCGCCCCAGGUAACUGGUGGUGGGGCCCUGGAGGAGAGGCAGAUCCUGAUGCCAUCCAGGAGUGCUCCCUUCUGGCCUCCCAUCCUGGCCACCUGCCGUUUCCCUGAAGCCCCAGAGCACUUGG